AGUAAUUUCUCCUAACAGCUAAGAAAGGUAUACAUACGACCUUCGGAUUCCGCACUUAGGUCUGUAAAUUCUCCUAACCGGCAAAACCUAGACCCCAAUCCAGGCGGCGAGGAAAAAAGGGAAAAGGCCUUGGAGUUAUCAGAACGAUGUCGUACGACGACGUGGAGAUCGAGGACAUGGAGUGGAACGAGGACUUGCAAGCUUUUACAUACCCAUGCCCUUGUGGAGACCUUUUCCAGAUAACGAAAGAGGAUUUGCGGAUCGGCGAGGAUAUUGCGCGGUGCCCUAGCUGUUCUUUGUAUAUCACAGUCAUCUACAAUCUCGAGGACUUUCAGGAGCCCAAGAAAAAAAUUGAGCCCGAGAAGCAGCAGCCCGUAGCAGUAGCUUGAAAUGUUUCAGGUUUCAAUUUUGUCAUAAUUUUAUAUGUUGCUGUGAGGAAUUUGAUCUUAAAAAGAAAAAUGCGAUGGUCAUAGAUUUUGUUUGGAUAAGAGGUUUGUAAGGGCUGAAUUUUUGUACUAUUUAGAGAAAGAAUAACGUGGGAUUUGAUAAUGCAAAAUCGUAAUUUUAUUUCGCCCAAUA